UGAAAGCGCGCGUGCGCGGCCAUUUUGCGCUUUAUCGUUGUUAUCGGCGUUUCUCCGAUUCCAAAAUUGCCAAAAAAAUCACAAAAUAGACGAGUUUUUAGGUGUGAGUCGUUGGUAAAAGCAAAAAGGCGUUCGUGAGUGAAUUUGAGACAGUUUUCUUGGUGGGAAAACAACGCAUUUGGGUCAAGAUGGUUUCAAACGCUAAACGUAUGAAAUACGUUUCGGAAAACGACUAUUCCUCGUCAGAUGGGGAAAAUGUUGACGAUGGGGACUUUUCUCAACACAACAGAAGAAUGGGUGGGCGUAGGACCAAGGGGCUGUCACGGAACGCGAUAAUGGCCCGCGAAAAUCGCCUUAAAAAGAAAAUCUACAUCACAAAUCUUGAAAAAGAAGUUGGGCAUUUGAAAACCGAGAAUGCUAAUUAUUCCAAAGUGAUUGAAAGUCAGUCGUUGCUUAUCGCUGAUUUAAAGAAAGAAAUCAAAUACUUGAAAAGUGUGAUUGCAAAUAGUGCAGAUAUUGGCAAUUUGAUAAAAAAUAUCCACCACAGUACAGGUAUGUCAGUCACAACAUCCUUGGAUCAGAGUUUAUCUUUGAAUGUUUCAAAGCCAAAGCAAGCUAUAGCUAGAAAAACAGCACACCCAUGGGAGGAAAAACGUUACCCGAGUUUUCCCACACCUGAAUCAGAUUUUCUCUCAAGUCCACACUCUGAAAGUGGAUUGAAUGAUUUUACUGACGAUCUGUUCAAUAAUAUUGAACUUGAUGAUUUUAUGGGGGUCACUGAUACGAUUCUAGACCCUGUUUCGAAUGAAACGAGUGAGGAGAACUUGCAUUUAAAAGAGCACAAUUAUACUACGAAUGAAGACGAAGACGAUGUUGGAGUAUGUUUACACGUUUCAAGACACAAGGUCUCGCUAGAGUUUUGCGCCACCUGCAGCGAAAACGCCCAACAAGCCUGGAACGACUGAAUUAAUUUAAAAUGACCUUCACGGAUUGGAGAUUGUAGCUUCAGAAGGAUUUGCAGUCCACCUUCUGAAACAAAAGUCAAAGACGCAGUCAAGUCACUUCAGGGCUGUAACAAUGACUGGAAUAAGUAGAGUAACAAAUGUAUCGUUCCAUGUUAUCAUAUACACAAUAUUUCGUUCUAGAAAUCGUAUAUUUUUUCUAUUUGUUCAACUUCUACUAAACAAGUAUGUUUUUGAGUUUCAGCACAUAGCGCAGAGUCCAGGGCCGGGCCGCAUUCCGGAUUAUUAUAAGUUUUUUUAUUUAAUAUUAGGUAAUAGGUAGGUAGUGUAAGGAAAGGGUCAAAUAAACUUUUGUAUUUAUGUUCCAA